GGAACCUGGGCGUGCGGCGCACGGAGCCGGCCGGGCGGGGAGGCCGGAGCGGGGCGAGGAUGAGCGUCAAGCAGGUUACGUGCAGGUACUACGUGCAGGGAGUGUGCCGCGAGGGAAGCAAGUGUCUGUUCUCGCACGACCUGUCCAGCAGCAAGUCCUCCACCGUCUGCAAGUAUUACCAGAAGGGGCAGUGCGCCUAUGGAGCCCGCUGCAGGUACGACCACAUCAGGCUCCCCGCCUCGGGGGGUGCAGCAGCUCCUGUGCCUCCUCCCAUGGCAUCAGCAGCGCUGCUCAGCCCUCGCCCUGCACCAGAGCACAGUGUAUCUGCAACCAAGAGCAAGCUGCGUGAGAGUGGCAAACGGGAGAAGAAAACACUUGUUCUCAGGGACAGAAACCUGUGUGGCUUGAAUGAAGAGAAGGAAAAAGCCAGUGCAACGAAUGAUGUGGUGUGUUGCAGUGACAAAAACGAUAAUGUGGAAAUGAAGCCCCAUUCAUAUUUGGAAGCUAUUUGCAGUGGGCUGGAAGAUCCAGUAGCUGGAAGUUCCUUUGGUGAUGGAGAGCAGCUGUGUCCUUAUGCUGCAGCAGGAGCGUGCCACUUUGGGGACCGCUGCCUUUACCUGCAUGGGGACGUGUGUGAAAUAUGUGGGCUGCAAGUGCUUCACCCUUUUGACCAAGAACAGAGGAAGGCUCAUGAGAUGAUGUGCAUGGCAGCGUUUGAGCAUGAGAUGGAGAAGGCUUUUGCCUUUCAGGCAAGUCAGGACAAAGUGUGCAGCAUCUGCAUGGAAGUAGUGUAUGAAAAGCCAUCAGCCUCAGAGAGGAGGUUUGGGAUCCUCUCCAACUGCAAUCACACGUACUGUUUGUCCUGCAUCCGGCAGUGGAGGUGUGCCAAGCAGUUUGAGAAUCCAAUCAUAAAGUCUUGCCCAGAGUGCCGUGUGAUAUCGGAGUUCGUCAUUCCCAGCGCUUAUUGGGUAGAAGACCAGGAGAAAAAAAAUGAGCUGAUUGAAGCAUUUAAGCAGGGAGUGGGGAAAAAACCCUGCAAAUACUUUGAACAAGGGAAAGGAACUUGUCCAUUUGGAGGGAAGUGUCUUUACCUUCAUGCCUAUCCAGAUGGGACACGAGCUGAACCUGAGAAACCAAGGAAACAGCUCAGCUCUGAGGGAACCGUGCGGUUCUUCAAUUCUGUUCGUCUGUGGGACUUUAUUGAAGACAGAGAAAGUAGGACUGUGACCAGCACAGAUGAUCAAGUAACAGAACUUGGAGAACUUUUCAUGCACCUUUCUGGGGCUGAGGAGGAUUCUGCUACUUCUCAAUAAAGGUACUGAAAUCAUAAGGCAGUACUGCUGUCUUUCCCAAGUUGGAUUUACAUCACUGUUACACAUUCAGUGCAGAGCAAUCAACGAAGAUUUCCAUCAGCUUUCGUUGACUUUCAAGUACAGAUCUUUAUCCCAGCACUCCAUUAAUUUCACCCCACUUUAACACACUGAAAGUAUUUACACACAGUGGUUCGAAAACACUUACAAUUUUGUUUUUUUCUUGUGUAUUUGUCCCAGGGGCUCUCUCUCUCUGGGCUGGGACUGGGGUUUUGGGCUGAGACCAGCCAGUCGGGCUCAUAUUGUUGGGACUUCCAGACAGAGCAGAGGGUGAAGCUUAUAUUGAAAACAGAAGAAAAAGAAGUUACAAGCCAUGAAAUAAACACAAAAUACAAUUGCAAUACUUGAUUUUUGGAAGCCAUACCUGAUUCACUAUGGUUUCGAAUUGCAUCCUAAAACAGAGAAAAUAUCAACAUAGUUAAUAAAGUAUGUGACAGUGAGCAAAUAAACAAGCAGAAAUAAAUGUGUUGAAAUAGUUCUCGACAGUUUAAACCAAGUGUCAUACACGACUGACCAAGUCCCUUUAAAAGAUGGCAGCUUGGUUACAAGAAUCCUAUUUGCUUUAAAAAAAAAAAACAAAAAAAAAAACAACCAGAACAACCCAUGCAGCUGGCAAAUUCUUACAGCACAUUAAAAAUAUUCACAGCAUAUUAAAAUUACUACAAAAAAAGGGGGGGGGGGGAAGAAAAACAUGGAACAAGAAUAAACAUGAAUAAACAUGAGAAAUACUGUCUCCAUUCCCACCCCUCCAUUGUUGUUCAUGCUUGUUUGAUCUGAACAUAGCUCCUGUGAUGGCCCUGCAUCUCCAGGGGACAAUCAUGUAAAAAAGGUUCUGGACUUUAAAGUAGGAAAACUUUUAAAAGCCCCUAAAAUAUUCCAGGUCAAUAAGCAUUUAGAAACAAUAUGGUAGAGGUAUUUCAACACAUAAUAGACUACAUCUUGUGCUCUAACACAAAAACAUUUCCAUUUCAAAACGAGUGCUUUCCACAGAAGUUUGAUGAUGGUUGAAAAGCAUGUUCUUACACAGCUCACUACUCGGGACAGUGCAACAACUCUCACCUCAUGCCACAGGCACUUUACGACACAACUCUACAGCCAUGCACAAGAUAAACUAAGCUCUGACAAACAUGACUAUACAACUUUUCUCACCUGCUAUGCAUUAUCCCAAAGUACAUACAGGAAACGUAAAAUAUCCAGGUACUGUAUAAGUACAAAGCAAGAACAUGCACUACAGAAAUGUUAAAUACUGUAAAAGUUAAUAGAAGUCAAUUCAAACUUUCUGACUAAUUAGUAGAAUAAUAAAUGCAAGACUUCAUAGGAGGACAGGACAGGCCUAUAUUCCAUUGAAUGGCUUUCAAAUUAGCCCAGAAUUUCCUUACUAAUGAUUCAUUUAUGGAAUACAUCAUUGUUGCUAGUUAGCUGUGUUCUCCCAGGCUUGAAUUCCAACUAGCAUAUUCUUGCAGAAUUCCUCUACUCUGUGCCUGAGUGAGUUAAAAUCUGCAUAAACUACCAGAGAACUCUUGCAAAUUACUACCUUUGUCCAGUUUGAGGACUGUAAGUCUUUUUAAGAAUCUGCAUUAAUAACAAGUGGUGUUUUUCUACACUGGCCUGAGAAUGUAACUUCUUUCAAGCAAGCUGGCAAAGAACCAUUAAAUAAUCUUCAAUUUCUCUCAUAUUUAAUUCUUAAGGAAUUGCUACCUGAGGAAAAAAAAAAAGUAUCUUUGUUGAACUUCAGUUCUGGUUUGAAUAUAUUUUCUUUUUUCUUAUGGCUCCUAUAGCAAAUACACCCCAAAAAGCAUUCUUCACAGUUUUUCUUGCAACACAAAUGACACCACACAGCAGUGCUGCAUUCUGCCACCUUUGCUCUGAUGUGAAGUGCAUCGUAUUCGUAAUCCACAGUUUUGCACAGUUAAAUUUAACAAAAUAGUUUCCAGAGGAAGACCGUCACACACAGAUGAACCUGAGAAUGUUUUAUAACUCAAAAGCUGUGUGACCGAGCAGAUCCCUAAUCCAAGCCUGUUUCUAAUGCAUAACAAAUAUCACAGCAGUAUGGUUUCACCCAGCUUAACUGAAAUUGAACUCUUAUCAAUUUGCCUCUUCUAAGUGUUGUCCUCGAUAUUUAUGUACAAACAUGCUAUAAAGACUUUCAUUAAAUCAGCUCCAGAUUAAACACUUCAUGUGGACACUGCCAUAGCUUACAAGUUACAGCAAUCCUGUUAAUCACAAGAAAACAAAAGGCACCAAGAAAAUACCUACUCUUCCCCUCAAACAAAAUCGUCUGCACCAGGAACUGGGAGAAGCAUUCAGGCUGUUAUUCUAUGCCAACAGGGUAAGAGAUAACAGAAAGAGGAAGUAUAAAAAAAUUAAAACUGAAAUUAGGAUAAAUGAAAGAAAAAGUAACCAAAGUUGUUUGGCAUAUGAUAAUGCAGUGAAACUUAAAUAACUAUUCCUGUUCCAGCAAAAAAAAAUUACAGGAGAAAUAAGGUGAUUAAUCAGUCUGAAUAAGGUGACUUUUUUCGUAUCAUUCCUAAAGGUGCUCACUACCUGUGUCUGGUUGUUUAAAGCCUACUGAAGAAGCAGCUACUGCCUCUAAGACAGGGCAGCUAUUUUUAUUCGAUCCGCUAUGAUAGGCAGAACAGAAAGCAUUUCUUUCUCUACCACUAAGCAUAAAGAAUAAAGAAAGCAGUAUCUCAAACCCUUACCACACCACUAAGCCUAAUAAUUCAUAUUCUCUUUCCGUAAGGCUUCAUUUUGUUUUUGUGCCAUAGAAGACAGUAGGUUCAAAGCCUCCAUGGGAGGGGGGGCGAGGAGCAGACAAUUUUAGCCUGUAAGGAAUGGUGCCUCUCCCCACGAAAUCCAGCUUCUAACCAAUGCUUCUAACCAAGAAAUUGUCACAGGGUUGCAGCGUACUUCAUUUCACCUCACUGAAGAUGCAGAGCAGUUCUCUGGCACAUUUAGGAGAGUCUUUACAUUUCAUAGAAGCCUACAAGCUACCAGCUGAAGCAAUAAGCAAGUAAACUCAGAAGUCAAAGGAUUUUGUUUGGCCAAGGACUUUUUAACUUAUUUUAACUUAUUCCAGGAGGGGCAGAGGGAAAAACGGUGCUCUCUGAAGUCCUGCUGUUCAUCACUUUGUUUCUGCAAGCCUUUCCUGUAAAUCAUUCCCUUACACAAACAAACAGGAUCCUUUAGACUUCACUUCCAAAACCUUUCACUGUUUCCAGUGUAAGGAUCCAAACUAAGGGGAAAAAUAGAUUAAUAAAUAAAGGGAUUACUGCAAUCAAGUAACAGCAGAAGUAUUUUCAGAUACAGGUGGCUUUCCUAGGAUCCACAGUUCUAUAAGGGUAUAACACAGCUCCUGGCAGUAAGCUUUGAUUUAAGCAUUCAGACUCUGAGUAUUGCAACCAGACUUCCACCUCUAGUCUCUUUUUAAACAACCAUCGGUCCCCCUCCCCCAGUCCAGAUCUUUAAGUUUCAAAGAACAUUCUUAAAUAUCUCAAAUAACACAUAUGUUCAGACAAGCUGAAAUUGUUCCCUUUUCACAUCUGCGAAACUUACUUGUUAAGCCUCCCUCACGACUUCAAAGACAUUGAAAUCUACCUAGAACUCAACUGAAGUUGAUAAAGACUGUCAGAAUGAGCUAUUAACUUUCUAGGCAGAUGUGCCAUCUAUAUAUUCUUAUCACAGCCUGUUAAGGAAAACAGUACAUGAAUUACAGAAAAAGAAAAAGCACCAACCAGUGACUAUUAGAUAGCCAGUCACAAAUCCAGAGUAACUGAAUGACAAUCCACCCCCAUCAGUAUUACCUCAAUUAUCCGGCUGUCCACGGGCAUUGUAGUGCUAACCAUGUGGACAUUUGGUGUGGAUGUAGAUCGCUGUCUUUGGGAAAGGGUGCCCUCAGAGGAAGGAUUUGAUGUGUUGAAUGUAAAGACAUGAGGUGUAGAAUACCUGUGCUGGGAGCUAAAAGAAAAGAGAGAAACUUGUGGUUAUUUUUUUUCCUCUCUCCCCUCUAGCAGUCAGAAAAAUAUUCUUCAGUGUAGUCUACCAAAAGCAGUAAUACACACAAAAUUUCAAACGUGGGAAAUGUUGGGAUUUAUAUGCUAACUAAACUAUUUGGUCAGCCAAACCAUUUACACUUUAACUUAGGAAAUAAAUUUAAGAACUUGGCACACGGAUCUAACAUGUUUAAGUGUACUUCUGCCAUUAUAAAAUGUGCCACAGUUCACCUCAGUCCCCAUUAAAUUAUAUUUAAUAUAUUGAUGAAUUACAGGCUCUGUUGGAUUAAUUAAUUCAAGCAGUUAAAUUUAAACUCUCAUUUCAAGCUUAUUAAAUGAAUAGCCUGAAAGAUACUUUUUUUAUUGCUAAGCCCUGAGUUUUUGAAGUUUGCAAGACUGUUCAACUUCUCACACAGAACAGCCAGCAAGGAAGUCAUGAAGCCCAACAGCAGUUAGUAGGAGGCCAACAGUAAAAUCCAGUUCAGCAAAGAAUUAUAAAUCACAGCUAACCUUAAUCAAACUUCACUUAUCCCAAAUAACAAAAGUAGCUUAACCAAAACCAGACAGCCUUCACAAAAACAACCAGCUAACUAAUCACUAAGUCAUUGUGCAGCAACACUAGAAAUAGAAUAACUUGGCAAAGAAAAUGAACGCAAGAUCAAUUUCUGAUGUAGUUCCCAGUAAAAUAAAUAAAUAAAUAGGACCAUUUGCAAGUCAGCUACGUGCUGUGUGCCUCAUUCCUGAACAGGUCAACAUUUUUCAAAGGGAUGGAGAAAAAACAAGAUGGCCUGUCCUCUCCAGCCUCUAGAAUUUCAAGGAAAAGAAUACAGGCACAAAUUAUCAUCAGAAGACAGGCUGCUUUGGAAGGAAAGUGAUUUAUAUUCUAGCAUUAAGGCUACAGGAAUGUUCUUAGUAAUCAGGCCUCAGGACUUUCUGUAAAGUGAGCCUAUUUUCUAUUUCCACUGCUCUCUUUAAUCUCUUACCUAUAGUCACAAUUCAAGAUGUUAUUUCAGUUUAUGCAUGUGACUCAAGCAAAAAAAAAGCAAGCUAUAAACCCUUACAUGUAUGCUACAUGAUCAGACAAAAUAACACACAAUAUCAAUUCUUCUUAGGCAGGUAAACAGAGGUCUCCACAAAACUUUUAAUAUCCUCACUUAAAAUCUUUAGACUAAAACUUAAAAACAGAAAUUCCAGAAUUGAUGCUUUGCUUGAAGCUGUAAGAAAUGACGCUAGAUAUUUUCUAUGUAGGCUGUUGCCUUCUUGCACAUUUAUCUCAACCUUCUAUAUUCUUCUACUUUCAAGGAGUUGGGAGUGUGGAUUUUUUUGUUUUUAAACAAGUGUAUUUCCCAAAAGAGAAAUGACAGGAAAUACUAGCUUACCUAACAGGUAUCCGGGAGACAGACUCCCGCAUCCGUCUCAUUGUCAAGGGAGGUAGUGCAGGGACACCACUGUCACUGAUAUUUGAAUUUGGGAACAAUCUGAAAUAUCAACAAAAACAAUUACAAUUUCAACUGCUACACUACCUCCUGUACAAUGCUCUUAAAACUGAGAAUUUAAAGGACUUUUGCUCUGCAUGAACACGUCCCCAGUUCCUGUAUUUGCAUACCGCUUGUUCUCUGCAUGGUACAACUAAAAACUACAUCAUCGGACUCUCACGGAGAAUUUUCACGUGUUCUUAAUAAAAUUAAGACUUCAGAUGCAAAUUUGCAAUACUUCAGACUUUCUCAACAGGAUAUUUGAAAGUAACAUUUUUUAAUUUUUAUUGAACUCUGGUAGCAUCAAGUGACGCAAUUAUCCUAAAUUCUGAUUGCUAUCAGAAUAACUGCAUGUCCAAGUUCAGUUAUUAAAAAAAAUAAUAACACAAUCACUAAUAAAGAUACAAACAUA